AGGCAGUGCUGGCUAGGGUUUUCUCCAGAGCUGUUUGUCGCGCUUUACUUCAUGUUUCCCUCGCCACGCGAACAUCGGUGUCUCUCCGAGGACCUCACGGUUCUCACAGCAGCAGCCACAGUCCGAGGUUUGAGAUCGUUGGCCGUGCGAACUUGGCGCCAGGGUCGGUGUGAGGUCCUUGGUAGUGCCACUCGUAAGUUUAAGACGGCCAAAAGGCAAAGACACAAAGGCAGCAUAAGAUCAAGUGCCGUGCGGGAGUUGCUCGUUAAUAUUUGUGGUGCAUAUUCUUCGUGUGACGAGAAGCCCGAAUCCAACUUUUGAACACAUUAAGUGUUACGGCUUCUAAAUCUAGCUGAAGCUCAAAGCUCCCAUAAAAGUAAAUCAGAAUGUGUCCCCGACGUCGUUCGUCCCUGGUAACAAUGCAUUCGGAUAAAGGAGUUCAAGAAGGCUCGGUUCCAGCCUCCGGGAUUCUCAUCCUACUUGUCGUUCUUGGCGGAAUUGCGGGCGUAUGGAUCAACGAAUUUAUGGUGGACGACGACUUCUCCGAUACAACAGUUUAUCGCACGGGGGUUGCAGGACGCUCGGGUGGUUCUCGUAAAAUACACUACGCUGUCCCUACCGUUAGUUCACUAAAGGAUUGUGAGAAGGUUGUUUCCGAUGCCCUCAAAGACUACGUAGAAAAGCAAGCUGCGGUUGCGGCUAUCGAUGACGAAGAUGAAGAGGAGGAAAAGCCCAGAAAGAAGGGAGGCAAGAAAACUGCGAAAAAGGGUGACGACUCCGAGGAGGAAGCUAAACCUGUUUCUAAAAAAGAAACUAAGAAGAAGAGCAAGAAGUGAAACACGAAAAGCUAUGUAAUGGGAAACAUAAAGAAGACAACCAUCGAGAUCGAAGGUCACAUGAAUACGCGUUGGAUAAAUCCACUUUUGUACUGCCGGAAUAUCCUAUAGAUCAUACCUACGACGUCAAUUGUAACUUUGCCUUGUGAUUAUAUCAGUGUGUUUGUCUAUGAAAAAGCUUCUAUUUAUCUUUCAUUUAGUGGGCAACUGAUAAUGUACAAGAUUACAACGGAAUUCGCCCGGCACCUUACAAACAGAAACGCGAUCGUAAAAGCAGAUCAAGUAUAUACACGGAGUCUAAACAUUCUAGAGCAAACCCGUAAGGUGCAUUACUGCCAAUGUGGUUCGUGGAGUGAAAUUGAUAAACUCAGUUUAUGUCCAGCGAAGUAAUAUGCCAUUAAUAAAGCCAGAACCAUUUUUAUAAUAAACCUUAAUAAAUGCCGUGCUCAAUUUCACAGCCUGCAUCACCAGUAGGUUUUUCAGAUAGCGAAACAGAUACAAACAAGAACCGCGGGCAAUUUAAAAGGCUUCAUGUCCUGUUUAAGUACGUUUGAGUCAUAUACGGCAGCCACAUACAAAUUUCUCGCUAAUUGUCAGGUUACAUUAAAUAUGUACGGUAAACCGGCUUCAUGACUGUAUGAAUGUCUCAUGAAA